AUGACGACAACCUUGUAUUUAUUCAACUUCAUCUUUAUUUUUUUCUUUACAAUUCGAUUAAUCUCUAAUUCUUCUACUCAACAACGAAUCUAUUGUGUUAUUAAAACUUUUGGUAAAAAUUUAGCAACACGAGCUUUAACUAUUCAUCAAACAUGGGCACGUCGUUGUGAUAAACAUAUAUUUUUAACAGCAACUAAUCUUACAAAAUGGAAUAAUAUAUCAUUACCUAUUUUAAAUUUAUAUGAUGUUAGUGAUAAUUAUAUUGAAUUAAGUAUUAAACUGAUGAUGAUACAUAUGUUAUUAUGGAAAAUUUACGUCAAUUACUUUAUCAUACUAAAAAAACCAUUAGCAUUUGGACAUUUAUUUGCACCAAAAAAUGGUGCACCUAAUCAUUUAAGUGGUGGUGCUGGUUAUGUAAUAAAUACAGUUGCUCUUCAACGAAUGUUACCUAAUUUACAAACAAGUUGUGCACAAUGGUAUGUACCUGGAAUGGAAGAUGUUUAUGUAAGUCGAUGUUUACAAUAUUUAAAUGUAUCUUUGAAUGGUGCUAUUGAUGGUUAUCAUCAUCGUUUUUAUCCAUUAGAAUUUCUUACUAUGCAUAAAAUGGAUAUUCCAAAAUGGUUUUCUGAUUAUAAUACUUUAAAAAAUCUUAUCCAGGUUUUAAUUGUUGUUCAUCACAAUCGAUUAG